AUCAACACACAAUGGCCCAUCAACAUUCUUCUUGAGCCUUGAUUUGUAUCCCUUUCACCUUCUUCACACAUUUCAGCUCCGCAUCGUAGGCGGUCGCACUCUGCUCUCACCUCUAACCCUCUCGGCCACUCUCCUCAUCGUAAGAGGUUGGAGCUUCGGUCUCAAACUCACGCUUUUAUCAGUCCUUACACCUUUCCAUCUCACCCCUGUCCACCAAUCAAAUCACCCAAUCAAUCAACCGGAUCGUUGAUCUUGCAAUCCAGCGCCAACUCAGCAAAGUUUCAUCUUCGUGCAAUUUUACUUCUCUUUCGAUAGAACUUUUUGAGUUCUGCCCUUCAAUCCGCCUUAUCAAGCCACAUAGCAUAGUAACGAAAGUCGCUCAUACAUCUCAAGUGCUGAUCGGCUUAUAAGCUUACCUGAUCCAUCUCUUAUCCCGGUGACAAACCACGAGUCUCAACCAGAGUAUACUCGAGUGGUUACUGUGACAUUAUGAAGUUUCUCGAGGUUCCUGAGUUAGAGCUUCUCGCUUCUAGUCUAACUAAUGCUUCCCAAUCGGUACGAGUGACAACCCGAAUCGAAGCUUAUUCGUGCAAAUCAGUUGCCAGUGAGCGCAAGAUGUUUAAGUCACUCGAUCAGGAAUUCACCUCUGAUCUAGAGGUUUCCGCCUCAAUCUCGCCACCUGAACAUUCACACCACUUGCUUGAAUCUGCAUUUGGAAGAUUGGAUAAUAAAGAUUGUCGAAAAACCUUUUGGUUGCUUAUCGCCACGCUAAAUGCUGCUUAUCCAGAUCACAACUUCAGCAACGUCAAAGCUGAAGAUUUUCACAGGGACGAGUCAGCUCACUCGAUAUUGAUGAAGAUGUCUGAAGCCCUAGAGCUCAAUAGUAGCAGUAGUGUUUUUGCGUCCUCCUUGGGUGCAUUGUCAAUCUCGCCCGACUCACAGGCCCAUGAAUCCACCAUGGCUCCGCAUGUAGGCGCGAACGAUAUUUGGGCCGGCGUUCACCCCUCAAUCAAACAAAUUCUUGACCCCGCCAUCGAUUUAUCUCAAUGCGAAGUCUACUCGUACUAUCCUGAUCCCGAUAGUGAUCCACACGCGGUCGAUUCUGAUGACUUUGACGAUACAGAAAGUGUCUCUUCCUCGAUCUACGGAACCAAUCGAUCUAUCGGUGCCCGCGAGACCGAAGAAAUCGAAGAGACUACCAUGUGGCCUAUGGACGAAGUGGAUGAGUCCUCGUCGGCCAACGUUUCACUCGCUCCGACCCAUACAAGUGAACAACACCACCGGGGCUCUGGCAAUUCUAGCUCAUCAGAUCUCCGACGUCAAGACGGCUUGAGCCUUGUAGACACAACUUCACACGAUUCGGAAUCUCCAGCAAUCGGUCAAUCGGCGCGUAAAUCACGUUCAAGAUCUUUGUCGAUGCUCUAUGGCGAUGCAGAUCUAGAGGAAGAAUCAGCCGGUGGGCUGCUAUGGAGUUCUCAUUACUUCUUCUACAAUCGCAAGAUGAAACGGAUUCUUUUCAUUUCUAUAUGGGGCCGCAAGGUCUUGGCGGUUUCGAACCAGAAUGAUCCAACGAUGGCGACUUUAUAUGAAGGCACUUGCGAUCGGUCCGUCGGAAUCUUUACGCGUGAGGAUAGUGAUUCUUGGAUGGCUACUCGCUCUGUCGAAGUUAAUCAGACCCCUAGAAGUCAUACUCAAGAGUUUGAUCAGACUAAUUCAGAGAACAAACGUCGCCUAUCCAUCUUCCGGGCCAGUCAUCAAGAGUCUUUGAGCUCAGGAUCUGGAAAGAGCUUCGCUGGCCAGACGGCGAAUCCCGAUGCCCUGGCUAUUAGUAAUUUGAAUUUACCUAAUCGACCUAAAAAGAAGACUCGAAGAGCUGCCACUCAGCUCUGUUGAUUUUUUUCUGCUCCGAUCUCACAUUGCGUCCCCUUAGCGGUCCUUCUUCCUGAAUGUUGCACCUUUCUUAUCACGAGUUUAUAUCUUUUUCAUAUUCCCAAUCACUCUCACGUGGUCUUUUAAGCCUUGCUUAUCUUGCCCAAGCGGACUUGACUAACCAGGCCGUUGAGACGCUUUUAUACAUUUUCAUACCCUUUUUCUUCGUCCUUCAAUCUUCAAUUUCAGCUGUAUAGCUGAGCUGAACAUUUUUUCUUCUCUACUCCACACAUUACAACUUUUAUUAUGUCUUCUUCAGUGCGAAAGUAUCCCGCCUGAUUUCAUUGCUUGAUCAUUGUUGGACCAUACACAUGGCUGUAUUGCUACUGAUAUAUUUUCACAAUCUAUUCUUUGGCAGGCCUGUUGUUGUGUGUGUAUGUUUCAAGUUUUUGAACCUUAUGUAGACUAAUAUCAAGUAUGAUUGCAUCUUCUGGGAAAACAGGUUUUUUUUUUGUUGUUGUAUAUUGUAUUGAACUGAUGUGGGGUAUGAGUAGAGUAUGAUGUUGAAUUUUGUUUAUUGUAUUUGAAUGAAGGCUUGUUUACUUGAUUAGCAAAGAAACAUGAGAACAUAUAUACAUGGUUUUUAGGGCAAUAUCUCAUCCUGUUGAACAAACAGUAUUUCAAU